AUGACUGAAGAAAGAUGUACAGGUUUCGCAACUUUAGUUGGUACUUCUGCCGCUGUGUCGCUCUUCACUAACUGCUCUCCCGCCUCUGGUGUAUUAUGUACUGACUCUAGUGCCUCUAGUGACUCUAGUGCUUCUAGUGCCUCUAGUGACUCUAGUGCCUCUAGUGCCUCUAGUGCCUCUAGUGACUCUAGUGCCUCUAGUGCCUCUAGUGCCUCUAGUGACUCUAGUGCCUCUAGUGCCUCUAGUGACUCUAGUGCCUCUAGUGCCUCUAGUGCCUCUAGUGCCUCUAGUGACUCUAGUGCCUCUAGUGCCUCUAGUGACUCUAGUGCCUCUAGUGACUCUAGUGCCUCUAGUGCCUCUAGUGACUCUAGUGCCUCUAGUGCCUCUAGUGACUCUAGUGCCUCUAGUGACUCUAGUGCCUCUAGUGACUCUAGUGCCUCUAGUGCCUCUAGUGACUCUAGUGCCUCUAGUGCCUCUAGUGACUCUAGUGCCUCUAGUGACUCUAGUGCCUCGCUCUAUUGUCUUUCGUGA